AUGCGUCAAAUUUCUUCUAUGGCAUCAGCGGUUGUCGUCUUCGCCUUGUUCCAGCUUCUCGUAUAUUUUGGCAAUGUUGGUGCAAAAUCGGGCACAGUUGGACUUGGAGAUCAUACGCUGAAGGAUGAUGGCAAAGUUGAGCUCCAUGAACAAGCCAAAGUAGCCGAUUAUAACUCCCUUGAGGCCUACAGAGCAACGUUUGGAGACAAAGCCUGCAAUCUCAACUUUGACGGUGUCGGGAAUAUCGCUCUUUCCUAUGAGAAGGACAAGCGUUGCACUGUAGAUCUGCUCACCAAUCAAGAGGAAGUUUUUAGCUUUGUUGCGGGACUGAAAGGGAGUACAGACGAACUUUAUAAAUGCUUGAAGGCAUAUAACAGUUCGACUAUCAUCAACAAUUUGCCGUUCAUGUACCGUUUGACUCAGGCCGAAUUUGAUAAAUUAGAAACGGGUAAACACAAGGACCAGACGAAAUGUGGUGGUGAUGGUGAUUGUACAGACACGAGAUGCAAACAGUCUGAGAUUGUUUGGUGGAGGGAUGAAAAAAAUGUUCUGGCAAACGUCAGCCGAGCGGUUGGUAGUCUCUCUGCGUCACACAGUGAAAUAAUGAUAAAUGGAGAAGAAUUGACAUUCACUGUAACUGUCAAAGAUCAGACAGAAUGUCAGAAUGAGCCAAACAAUUGGGAAAUUACUGGCAAGAAUCCGAAACCUGAAAUGAAGUAUUUGUUGGUAUUUCAUUUGUUGCCUCAAAGCAGUGGAAGGAUAAUCGGCCAGGCGGAGGAGGAUUCGGACUGCAAUUUGGAGUUGGAAAUUACUUUCGUAAAAUAG